GAUUUUGAUGAAUGUGGAGGAAACAAUAACCACUGUCAUCAGAACGCCAUCUGCACAAACACUAUUGGCUCCUAUAGCUGCCGGUGCUCCGUAGGAUAUACUGGUGAUGGCUUGCUUUGCAGAGGUACUAUGUUCGAAGCCCCAAGUUGUAGUUUUUCGUUUAAUUCAUGAAGCAUAAUUAUCAAAGGAAACUCAUCCAAUAGUAAACAGACAUCUCUUGUGAGUAUAAGGCUAGCAAGAAUACGGUACAAUAAGCAUGCUUUCACCGUUAAAUUGCGCGAACAUUUAUGUUUCAAAUAACUCUUUCAGAGAUACUGAGCAGCGUAUAAUAGUAGUAUAAUAAGGGUUUGAAUAUAGGCUGGAAUAAAUUAGGAGGAAAGUCUUCUCAGCAUUUUUUUUUCCAAUUUCAGAGAUGAUAAAAUUUGCUCAUUAUUUCCUAAUCUCUAUGAAUAACAGCAAUAAAGUUGCUUAACUAUCCUUAUUUUAUAGUUCAUAGGUAUACAGACCAUACUAUAACUUUAAAUACAGCCCAAAAAGAGAACUAAAGUUCAUAGAAUAAGAACAUGUACGUACGGUUGUUGUAUUUCCCUGCAAUUUCAAAAUCUAAGCUCUUGUAGACUGGGUAGCUUAUCGCUCUGGUUUCAACGUUCUCGACAAACCCGAGUGGGGUCGCUUGUUACACCGGCUAAAGCUUUCGGGGAUUCAUUAUGUGAGGCUUUUUUUUGUAUACUGAUGGGGCCACCAUUCCAGAAGCUUCAAAAUCCGACGGAACUUUCUAAAGAGAAAUUUUCCUUGCUUCAGAUGUCGACGAAUGCUCUUCAGGUCACCAGUGUGACAGCAGUGCGACAUGUUGCAAUGCAGAUGGAUCCUACACGUGCACAUGUAACAGCGGCUUCACGGGGGAUGGACGAACCUGUCGAGGUACGAGCCUUUUUUGAAUAAAUACUGAAUACUGUAAACGACAGCUCUCUAAAGCUUUUCGAUAAAUUAGGUUGGCUUAAAUAGGUGACAUCAUACGUAUAAGGAAACUUCUCAAACACAAAGUGGGUCAAGAUCAUCGUCCUGAUUAUUUCACGUCCUUUUUGAAACAUGUCCGUUCUUCACAUGCUCAUAGUACUAGAUCCGCCGCCAAUAAUAACGUUCUGCCACCUCUCUGUUAAAGAAAAUCAGGACUUAGCGUAGGAAGUUCGCAACUGCUUGUCGUUUAUAGAAUGAGUUAGGUCACUCAUAUAUAGAGACAUAGUUUCCUUCGAAAUGUUCAGAAAAAACACUACAGGAUAAGUUUACCAAUUAAGAUAAAGCCUUAUAAGCACAUUUUAAGGUUUUCAGAUCCUUUCAGACAUUUAUGGAAGUUGUAGAAUUUUUCAUUUUUAUUUUAAAUUUUUUUAUAACUAAUACCUGUUGCGUGGAGGUCCAUUUAUAAAAAGUGACCGGUAAACGGUUAUGUUCCACCCUCGUUGUUCUUCUUGUUCUUCUCAUUCUUGUUCUUCCUCUUCUUCUACUGAUGUCGUUUAAGAAGAAAUAAAAAGCAAACUGCGGUGAUAAACAUAAGGAAAUAUAAACGGAAGAAGAAAGACUUUAACUUGACUCUUCAUAUGUUCCAAACAUACAUUUUCAGCAGCGGCCCGCACCCCCUCCUUAUUUUUAGGCUAAACGGAAGCCCGAAGGGUUGAGUAAAAUCAUUUUCCAGGCCGAGCACUCUACUUACUUGCAGAUCUGAAUUCACCACUGCUUACAUGCACAGAAUUGGAAGCCAUCUCUUCUUAAUGGUCUACUACUGUUCUUGUUAGGUCUUGAAAAGUUCACUCCUAUGACUAUGACAUUCGUUGACAAAAAAAAAGGUCCAGCUUGAAAUAAAUAAAAGUCUUCUUAUCUUCCAGAUGUUGAUGAAUGCUCGCUCAACACCCAUGACUGUCACUCCAAUGCAAUCUGCACUAACACUGAGGGGUCAUUUACUUGCAAGUGCGACGUGAAUGCGCAUUACAUUGGUGACGGGAAAACAUGCACUCCUCAUCGUAAGCGGAAUUAUAUGUUUUACUUCAUUUUGUUCUCUUCGUUUUACCACUACUCUGACAAUUGUUAACUUCUAUUUUGCGGGGAAAGGUAUCCACCAAUAUUUAUGUCGCCAGAGAGCAACCCCUCGCCUGCUUGUCGAUCAUCUUGAUUAUGCUCUUGUCCAAGAAUAUACUAUUAAUGAAAUUUCAAAUGUACCGAAAGCGACAUUUGCUCGUUUAUUAUUUCGAUUGCUUCUGACUAUCUUGGGUACUUUAAUUUUGAGUGUAUUUUAGGCUAACCCCGCCGAUAUUUUUAAUUAGUCAAGUGGUUUUUUUAGGUAUAGCAACUGUUGGAGUCAUUGUCAGUUUCCGAAAUAUAGCAUCUUUAAAAAGGAUGAAUUUCUGAUUUACUUUCUUUUUACCAGGUGGUCUCGAUGACUCCGUUAUUUUAGCGAAUGAUGCCAGCAAGAUAUCGCAGUUAAAUACCUGGCUUCUUCCCCACUUGCAAAGUCAAGACCGAAGUUAUUGGAAACUGUGUUAUAGGGCCUCUAAUCAUGGCUGGAGGUCAAAGACCUUUCACAGAAAUUGCGAUAAUAAAGGACCCACUAUAACAAUUGUUAGGGUCGGAAGCUACAUUUUUGGAGGCUACAACGACAAUUCAUGGCAGUGUAAGUUUGUGAAAUAGCUAAAAUAAGUAGAAGGUAUCGACUAGUUGAACUGAAUUAAAACCGGGGGUUAUUAACUCCAAAUGUAAAAGGAAGGAGAGAUGGAGCCUUUACAAUUUUCGCCAGUAGUUCAAAUGAAUUCUAGUCUUAAGAAGAUUGUCAUUAAUCACUUGCAAUACUGCUCGUUGAAGAUUGUGUGGUAGAAUUUUAAUCAAAUACUUGCAACCUGCAUGACAAUCUUAUCCGAAGUCACUACAUUGUUGAAGUAUAAACUGCACUCUGAACAUACAAACAGUAGUUUUGAUUGGCACAAUCUGGCACAUUUUCCAUGCAUUAUCAGUCAUGACAACCGUUUUUAGCCACUGGCCUUUCCUUGAACAACGGCUUGUCCGUGCGUUUUCUUGUACGAUCGGGAAUUAGACGUAUCCAGAUCUAGAAAGAUAAAUGCUUGUUCCUCUUGAAACACUCCAAACAUGCCACCAAGAAAACUGUGUUGAGCCCAGGCUCUGGCUGCUUUAAAUAUAAUAUAUUUUAAUUAUUUGUUUAUUUGUUUUUUUUUUUUAACGAGCGCGUUAGAGGUGGGGUAUGGGGCUUAGUUGAGAAGUUCGGGCUUAGUGCUACUGUACUGCACCUGGUUCUGUCAGGUCUUUUUCUUGAAAUCUUAUAGAGGGGUGGACCGCAGUUUGUUUUAAAUUUUCUAAUGGAAAAGCCCUGGGGACGAAGUUGGUGGCAACUUAUCAUGCUCCAGUUCAUGAGGAUCUGAGCGUGAUUUAUGUGGUAUUUCACACAUUAUAUACUACUUUACUGCUCUCAGUAUUUACUAUCCCUCCACCGUUUCCUAAAAAUAGACCACUUUACAGUUGUGGGCUUAAAACCCUAGACUUCAAGUGAGUGCAAGGCUGAGGUUGAUCAUGAUAGAUAGAUAGUUAGAUAGAUGGUUUAAUUACCAAUUCUUUGCAGCUCGAAGGCUGAAUUGCGUAUUUACAAUUGAUAAAAUAUGCAAAUAAAACUAAGUACAGUAAAUACAAAAGUAUGAAAAAUGAGAUAAAAAGUCUAAAAAUCUACUUAUAUAUGUAUUAUCAACACAAGAUCUAAUAAUACAACUAUUCCUAAAACUAAUUAUCUUGCAUUUAGGGACUUGUCAGAAAUUAGCAGGAGGGGAGGGGAGGUGGAAAACAGGGGAGGGUCGCAGUUUUUUGAGCCCUUCAAAAGGGAGGGUUAUGAGAAUUCUGACUAAUGGGAGGGUCAUAGAAUUUUAGGACGCUUUCCAGGGGAGGUUCGGGACAUUUGAAUCCCUUACCUAGAAAGGGUCAUUUCAUUUUCAUCGACGAACUGAAAAUCUCCACCUUCCCUCCCCCCUGCUAUUUUCUGACAAGUCUCUUAGGUAAAAUGAUGCUGUUAUUGCACCUCAGAGCAUAACCAUCUUUUAAAACAAACCUCCUUUGUUUUCUUAUGGAAAUUAUGCUUGAAAAAUACUAGUUCGAAUAAGAAAUACACGAUUUACAUAUUAAGAAAGCAGAAAUGGUUCUAUCAAAGCAAGGUCCACUCCAGCCUCGUUUCCAUCCAUAACUGUAAAAUGGUCUAUUGAAUUCGACUGAGCAACAAUGGAUCUCUAAUUGUUUGUGUUCUGUUUUUUUGUCUCUUCAGGGUCUGCUGGUUAUCAAUAUUCGACAAAUACCUUCUUAUACUCACUGAAAAACUACGGAGCUUAUGGAUAUUUUAAAAAGGACAUAACCCACGACUAUCAUACGGCCACGUACAGCUACUAUAGCUAUUUUCCAACUUUUGGGCACCAUGAUAUCUACAUUGCAGACAAUGCAGCAUACAAUACUAAUUCUUACAUUUCUGUUUGUCAGGCGUACCGUGGUUCCUAUUGUGACAAUUCUCUCUGGGUUGGAACACGAUAUGGAAAUAAUUUUUGUCCAGAUGAGCUAGAGGUUUAUUACGAAGUCCUUACUUGAAACUGGGCAAGCCACAUUACAAAAGGAAAGCAAAAAAAAAAACAAAAUAACAACAACACCAGCCACAUCAAAAACAUCAACAAGCCAACAAAAAUAAGUAGCAGCAAAAAAUGAAUAAAUAAAUAAAUCAGCUCUCCGUCUUUGACUAUUCUUUGCUCAGUCAAAAAGAGAGCUAAUUAUAACAUCUUUUUCAUGAUAUUUUUAAAUUAACGCAACUCAUGAAAAAAAAGAUGAUUAGCAUCUAACUUGUGGAAAUUCGUUAUAUUUGGAACUUUCGAGUUAUCAAAAGCAGAAGUUUCAGCAACAAAAUGAGGUGUUAAAGCGCCAACAGCGGUUAGCCAUAGCGCGACUAGUUUUGUCCCUAUGAUGGACCAGAAGGGCUUUUUUGUUGGUAGCUUAGUUCCAUGGUACGAAUUUGCUAUAAGUAAGUGUUUUCUGUUGUUAGGACUUACCCCCGUAGGUAUUCUUAGGAAUCUCGAAGGCCACUUGUAUAGCAGUAGCGAGUAGAGCCUCUUUAUUGUUCUGGCGUUCCUUUAUUUUACGACUCUCCUUAAAGACCGAUUUAACUGCAACGGGUUUUAACAAAUAACGGUAGUUUAACUGAAUUUGUCAGUAAUUUUUUUUAGCUCUACAGAAAAUUCAAAUCUGACCGAUUCGUGUAGGUAUUGCAUUGUUUUCUAUUGUAUGCUGUUUGAUGCCACCCUCGUACUUCACAUAUGAAUAAUAGGGUGUCUGGGAAGGAUGUUUGUCCCAGCCCCAUCUUCAACUUCCCUUAGCAAUUUUUUGUGCGAAUUCAAACUAUUAAAAUAUUCGAUAAAUUCAUGGAAACAAUAGUGAUCGUCCUCAGAUUCCAACGCGUCUGAAGCGAUUUUGUUUUGAACCGAUCAAACGGAGAAACAUUAUUCGCGUCAAUGGAAACCCUUCCGAAACAAUUAAACUCAGAUAAGCACAGGCAGAUAGUUCAUUUUUUCUUUAUUAAAAUAGUAUCAGUAACCUAUAAACUAAAGCUCAUAGAUAGAAAUAAAGAGUUUGAGUUGCCUGUUCAAUAUCCUUAUUUUCUCUACUGAAAACAUAUCAGUAUUUUUCUUACUGAGCACAGAUCAGUAUGACACUCCCUACUCUCAAAGAUAUAAUUCCUUUUGUUUGCAAGCUUGGACAUUUUAUUCUUCUACAAGAUUGAAGCUAUUUAGUCAUACUGUUUUAUGUUAUCAUUGUUUUCGUUUUUGUUUUUUUUUUUGUUUUGUUAAGUAUAACCAGAUGUAAUGGGCAAUGUCACUCAUUCUUAAUUUAAAUGACCAUAAACUGAAUUGAAUUGUCUUACCGGAGUGAAAGAGUCUUCAUUGGCACGGAAAGGCAACAAUCGGCGACAAAAUGUGUUGAGACACUUCGCCCAAAACUGGGCUUUUUUGCGUUUUACUAACUUCAAAAGGAGGAAAUAUAGCAUUCCUCCCCCAUCCCCUCCGUGCAAUGUUGUGCCCUUGUUCUAGCUACCUAUAGAAAACAACACACACCCCAACUUUGAAUGGAGGGGACAGGGGAGGGGUGCGGAUUCUUUUGUUCUCCGAAGUUACCCUAUUUGAGUACAAUGUCUCAACAAUUUUGUCGCCGAUUGAAGAUGCAAAUCCACAUUGUGGCAAACUAGAAUGUUGUUUUGACUAGCUAAAUCUACGCACUGGAUUUAAGUCGUUUCCAAGCACAUGUGGUUUUAAACUGUUUUCACUGGUUAUCCAGACUCAUCCACCUGAACAAUAUAGUGCGUGUUAAUCGGCUAAUAAGUACUUAUCAGUUAUUACUAAAGCUAGUCAUAACCACGGGCUAUGGAACGAGGGCGAGUUAUAGCUAGCAGAUCGAAGGUCAAAAAGCUCUUACAUUUUAAGUAGAUACAAAAUAUUAUCAUGAUAUAAACACUUAAAAUGCAAGAGGAAUUCUUUUUGGUAAAGAGGUGUUUUUUUUUCAGUACUUUUGGCUAGAUCUCCCUUAUUCCUAGCACUCUAGAAUAGAACCCGCAGUGAGAUUUCUGUCCAACCUUGCGUGUUCUUAAUUUGUUUAUAAUUAACUAUAAUACGUUGCUGCGUUAUUACUUCGUUUCCCAUAACCUGAAUAUUGUUCGCAUAUAUGUUUACACUGUAUGUUUGCCAUUCCUGGAACUGAGAAGCUCAUCGAUUUGAAGCAAGGAGAUCUCCGGUUAGCCACUAGACUAAGAACAAUCUCCCUAUUUAAACCGGCGAGCGACGAAAGAGAGAACCAGGAGGGUUAAAGGGAGAUCACGAUCGAUACAAAGCAGGGAAGCCACAUAGUUAAAGGCAGAAGAAUGAGCUAGAGAAAGCCCGUGAAAGGCAGCGAACUCGGAUGGGUCAGCAAAGCCACAAGGACUUGAAGACCAAGAGAGCGGUGUGCGACAAACGCAGACUGCAGACUUGCAGACCUGCAGACCUGCAGACUUGCAGACUAGCAGACUUGCAGACUCAAAGAUUUGCAGACCUACAUUUUUUGUGACAGGGCUUUGCUCUGUUUACUGUUGGCGAAUCGCAAAGUAUGUCUGAGGCAAACAACAGCGCUAGCGGGCUGCAAGCACAACAGUGCCCGAUUCGACAGGUGACUGGAAAUCCUUGCCGUGGAAGACUUAACAUCGGAAGAACGGUGACCUAAACUUCAGCGAGAGCAGCGAAGAAGAAGACGGGUGGGAUCAUCGAGCGGCUUUAUAGCGGAAGGACAUCUGUGAGCAGGGAAUAAGUCAGCACAGAAUUUGAUUGUCGGCAAAUUUCUGUAAUCAUCCAUCGUUUGCUAGUGAUAAGCUAGCCGUUGUUCACUCGUCUUGCUUGUUUGGGGCCGAGUCUUAUUCCGGUCAAAGAGAGAGAAAGAGUGUCUGGCAAGGUUUGCAAUCAAAGAUUUGUGAACUCGUGUCUGGCAAACUCUCCAAGUGUUUAUAUACAAACGGUUGUACGCACCUUAUAACUUCAUCUGCGCUUAACGAGUGUCUUUUGGUCCAUAACUUUCACUGAAACAACUGCUCCACAGAAUGUCACUGAUAACACGUAACGCAAAAGAGUAUCGAAGUAUGACUGCACAAUAAAUGUCACAAAAUCUACCUAAGCGGUCCCUUCGGAAUUUUCUGUCUUCAUCACGUCAUCAUUACCUACCGAUUCCUUGCGGCCCCUGUUCAAGCAAAUCAAGAUUUUUUCUGGCAUACUGACUGUAUAUUUCAACUGUAAGUACUUUCCUUAAUAUACGCGCGAGUUACUAGAGUGCCUCCUCGGGAUUUCGGCCCCUGGACGAGAUCCCUGCGGGGGCAAUUAUCCCCCCCCCGCUGUGAGUUCCGAACGUGUCUGCAAGUCUGCAAGUCUACAGGUCUACGAGUCUGCAGGUCUGCGGUCUGCAAGUCUGCAGUCUGCGUUUGUCGCACACCGCCAAGAGAGGCACUAACGAUAAUUGGACCACUUUCAAAACAUAGCCAGAAAUUCUAGACAGUCAGCGGCUUUAUCCGCGGGCACGCAAAUUUCGGUUUUCAAUGUGGCGGACGGAAGAAGUGAAAGGCUCCUGACCAUAUCUUGAAUUCCCUGAGUACCUCAGACUUGAUGAGAAUAUGAGAAUAAUAACAUAUGCUAACGAUGUCUCUACUGAGCAAAUUCUCUAAGGUCGAAAAUUAUUUUAUGGGGCAAUGUGCACGGGCGGACGGAGAAUUUUACGAUAGAGGGGGCCUAGAGACGUAGUAUACAGUGGCAGUAUUGGGGCGAUGGCGCCCAUCAGCACUGCGUACCGCGCACUUUUUUAUGGAGUUUCGGGCGCAUGCUCCUCCGGGAAAAUUUUUGAGAUUGAAGCUGUCUGAGAUGCAAUCUAGUGCCUUCUGAACGCUUAAAUUAAGCUAAUGCCCGGAUUCCAUAUUGAACAACUAAUGCUGAAAUAUUUAAUAAAUCACAGGUUUGGUUGUGGUCAAGGAAGUAAUUAACACUUUAUGAUGCUAGCAGGGGCCGAAGCGAUUGCGGCAAGAGGACAAUUUCCCGGCAAAAGCGGCAACAUUGUCUCCCUAAAAACUUGUCAAAUCCAGUUUGUUUGACACGGAUAUUUACUGCAUGCAUUCUGGGAGCUUUGGUCAUUUUGUGACUCAAAAUGAAGGCUUAGAACACAGAUUCUAGGAAGAUUUAUAAAAAAAAUCAACAAAAGAAAUUUCCUUUAAUGCAUCCCUCGUCUUUUUUACGGAAUAAAUGCGACGUCUGUAACAUCUUUCAGUUUGUCGGUUUGAAGCUAGUUUAUAAGGGCGGUUGAUUCGAACAACGUUCGAUAAAUUUUCUUAUUGUUCAUUCAAAACAUUUCCCAGUUUCUGAUUGGUUAAAACCACACGCGUAAUUCACCAUAACCAGCUACUGUUGACCAAAUUUGGCAAGAAUUUUGUCUUAUUGAACCGAUGAUGUCAAAUGACAUCAAAAGUGCAGCCUGGUUGCAGGUUAUUGAACCGUUAACCGAGAAAAGCUGGGGAUGAGGUUCAGUCGUUUUGGUAGUGAGAACAAAAUGGCUGAACAGUCGGCGGAACAUUUUACUCGUUUCACGGCUAAGUAUUGUCUAUAAACAUGGCAAGAACAACAUGAAGACGGACAACAUCUGCUAUUUGGAGUAUAUUUGCAGACCUGAACAGACCUUUAUCUCCUAAACUUCCCGAUAAAGAUGCAUUGUCGAUAUGAACUUACAUCGACCAAGGUUAGCAUGUUUUAGCUUGUUUUUAAACUUGGAAUUAUUUUGGCAUGAAGGAAUGAUAAAACAAUUAUUGAAUUCGGCUUUCGUAGGAUGAAGAAUUCUGCAUCAGAUCUCGGAGGGUGUUAUCCACACCGGCCUCCGGCCUCGGUGGAUAGCACCCUCCUCGAUCUGCAGAAUUAAUUCUUCAUAUCCUACAAAAGCCGAAUUCAAUAAAUGCUAAUUGUUAACAAUGUUUAUUAAAGCAAAUUAAUAUGUACUUAAGUAACCAAUUCGAAAUACCAUCCAACACGUGCUUAGAAACGAAAAAAAAGUCCCGGACAAAAGAGGCGGCCGGGCCCCACAUAGUUUCCUUCGCAAUGUUCAGAAAAAACACUACAGGAUAAGUUUACCAAUUAAGAUAAAGCCUUAUAAGCACAUUUUAAGGUUUUCAGAUCCUUUCAGACAUUUAUGGAAGUUGUAGAAUUUUUCAUUUUUAUUUUAAAUUUUUUUAUAACUAAUACCUGUUGCNAAUGUUCAGAAAAAACACUACAGGAUAAGUUUACCAAUUAAGAUAAAGCCUUAUAAGCACAUUUUAAGGUUUUCAGAUCCUUUCAGACAUUUAUGGAAGUUGUAGAAUUUUUCAUUUUUAUUUUAAAUUUUUUUAUAACUAAUACCUGUUGCGUGGAGGUCCAUUUAUAAAAAGUGACCGGUAAACGGUUAUGUUCCACCCUCGUUGUUCUUCUUGUUCUUCUCAUUCUUGUUCUUCCUCUUCUUCUACUGAUGUCGUUUAAGAAGAAAUAAAAAGCAAACUGCGGUGAUAAACAUAAGGAAAUAUAAACGGAAGAAGAAAGACUUUAACUUGACUCUUCAUAUGUUCCAAACAUACAUUUUCAGCAGCGGCCCGCACCCCCUCCUUAUUUUUAGGCUAAACGGAAGCCCGAAGGGUUGAGUAAAAUCAUUUUCCAGGCCGAGCACUCUACUUACUUGCAGAUCUGAAUUCACCACUGCUUACAUGCACAGAAUUGGAAGCCAUCUCUUCUUAAUGGUCUACUACUGUUCUUGUUAGGUCUUGAAAAGUUCACUCCUAUGACUAUGACAUUCGUUGACAAAAAAAAAGGUCCAGCUUGAAAUAAAUAAAAGUCUUCUUAUCUUCCAGAUGUUGAUGAAUGCUCGCUCAACACCCAUGACUGUCACUCCAAUGCAAUCUGCACUAACACUGAAGGGUCAUUUACUUGCAAGUGCGACGUGAAUGCGCAUUACAUUGGUGACGGGAAAACAUGCACU